AUGCCAAUUUGUGAGAAACGCUGCCAACAGGAAUAUGAUGGGCCGAUCAUGUAUGAUAACACUUGUCAUAGAACUAGACAGAGAAAAAGACUCUACACCUUUCCUCAACCUUCGACACCUACCCUCAACCUCCGAUACCUACCCUCAACCUCUGACACUACUCCCAACCUUCGACACCUACCCUCAACCGCCGAUACCUACACUCAACCCCCGACACCUUUCCUCAACCUCCGACACCUACCCUCAACCUCAGACACUACUCCCAACCUUCGACACCUACCAUCAACCUCCGACACCUACCCUCAACCUCCGAUACCUACACUCAACCCCGACACCUUUCCUCAACCUCCGACACCUACCCUCAACCUAGAACACCUACCCUCAAUCUCCGACACAUACCCUCAACCUCCGACACCUACCUUCAAUCUCCGAUACCUACCCAUACUCCGAUACCUACCUCAACCUCCGACACCUAUCCUCAACCUCCGAUACCUACCCUCAACCUCCGACACCUGCCCUCAACCUCCGACACCUACCAUCAACCUCCGAUACCUACCCUCAACCUCAGACACAUACCCUCAACCUCCGAUACCUAACCUCCGACACUUACCCUCAACCUCCGACACCUACCCUCAACCUCCGACACUACAACCAACCUCCGACACCUACCCUCAACCUUCGACACUACUCCCAAACUCCGACACCUACCCUCAACCUUUGACACCUACCCUCAACCUUCGACACCUACCCUUAACCUCCGAUACCUACCCUCAACCUCAGACACCUUUCCUCAACCUUCGACACCUACCCUCAACCUCCGAUACCUACCCUCAACCUCUGACACUACUCCCAACCUUCGACACCUACCCUCAACCUCCGAUACCUACACUCAACCCCCGACACCUUUCCUCAACCUCCGACACCUACCCUCAACCUCAGACACUACUCCCAACCUUCGAUACCUACCAUCAACCUCCGACACCUACCCUCAACCUCCGAUACCUACACUCAACCCCGACACCUUUCCUCAACCUCCGACACCUACCCUCAACCUCCGACACUACUCCCAACCUUCGACACCUACCCUCAACCUCCGACACAUACCCUCAACCUAGAACACCUACCAUCAACCUCCGAUACCUACCCUCAAUCUCCGACACAUACCCUCAACCUCCGACACUACUCCCAACCUCCGAUACCUACCCUCAAUCUCCGACACAUACCCUCAACCUCCGACACUACUCCCAACCUCCGACACCUACCUUCAAUCUCCGAUACCUACCCAUACUCCGAUACCUACCUCAACCUCCGACACCUAUCCUCAACCUCCGAUACCUACCCUCAACCUCCGACAGUACUCCCAACUUCCGACACCUACCCUCAACCUCCGACACUACUCCCAACCUCCGACACCUACCCUCAACCUUCGAUACUACUCCCAACCUCCAACACCUACCCUCAUCCUUCGACACCUACCCUCAACCUCCGAUACCUGCCUCAACCUCUACACAUACCUCAACCUCCGACACAUACCCUUAA